AUGAAGGCAGCAUUCACCCUUGCAGCCCUCAGUGGCUCCCUUGUCGCCGCUGGUGAUUACUUCGGCGUCAUCUCGGCUCGCUCUGCCUCCCCAAUCCAUCUUCUGCCAAUGAAUGCCGGCAGAGGACGAAUCUAUCUUGGUGGCACCGCAGAUACGUUUUGCCCGGACAGUGUUGCUUCGGCGGGCGGCUGCCCACCCACCACCGGCGAGACCAACUUCUUGGUUGGAAACGCUGCAACAGGCACCCUUGUCAUGGGUGCUGAGGUUCCUGGUGGUCAAUAUGUGUACAUCGACACCUGUGGAGCCGUCAAGUACACGGUGGCUCACUCCGGCACUAUUCCAGAGGGUGCUACGCAGACCGGCUGGUCAGUGACGCAAGGUGCCAGCUUCGGCACUCUGAACUGGAAGGGCGGCCUCAUGGCUUGUAAUGAGGACAAUACCUGGUUCGUGUACGGUGUCCAGACCGACUCUCCAGUCCCAGACACAUGCCUUACCUUCGACGCUUUGACUAGCAACCAGACUGAACCGGACGCAUGGCAAUAUACCACCGCCUAG